AUGCGCCUGAACCACGGCACACCCGAAAGCAAUGAAAAGAAUCCAAAGCGUCACCUCUCCGGACCACCUGCUGAGCCACGAGCCUCCACUGAGACGGUUUCACUCACUCCCUCAAAGACCACCAAUCUCAACGAUGAUAUGGCAAACGUCAACAGAGCGACAUCUUCAUACUCUCCUUCUGUGGGAAGGACGACUCGCAGGAAGCUCGCCAUGCAAACUGAGAGCAUUCCCAGCAAACAGUUCGAAAACACACCGCCUUCCUUGCACGGUAGCGUGAAUCCAGCCGUCCGACCCAGUCUCGUGGUCAAACUCAAGAUCCGGAAGCCAUCUGGGACCAUGAACGUGGAAACGCGUAGGAAGCACAAAUCACCGAGCAGCGAUGCGAUAACCAAGGAUGACACUGCUAUGAAGGAAGGUGCGGUUAGUCAGGGAACCAGCUACGUCAGGACCCAUGAGCUGAGAAGGGAAACAAGAAGUACGACACUUGUGACCAGGCGACGGCAAGGCGAUUUAGCAGCAGACGGAGCGCACAACGAUACCCCGGAAUCUCCGCAACCAAGGAGAAACUCUGCAGCGCGCCUGCGACGAGGAGCCAUCGCCUACCCUGUCAAGCUCUCGGAAGCUCGUCUACGCACACCUACAUCAGAAUCCGGGGACGACAUGUUCUCUGACCCGCCUGUCACUCUCAGUAAACCCUGA